AUGAAGAACGAACCCGCCAACGGCUCGGCGCAGGCCAUCCCGUCACUUAAACGCACGCUAAGUGGCGGCGCAGCCAGCAGCGUAGGACACGGACAUGCUGGUGGUCUAUCAAGCCAUCUAAGUGCUGGUAUGAAUAAUAUGAGCUCCAUUCCGUCCGUGCUGCAUGCGACGCCCAACACGAAUCCGCCACAAAUGCUGCGCGCGGUGACAUCCUCCGGUGCAUACAAUCGCUCGACAGUCAAUCAUAAUUUUCGUGGGAGCAGUGGCAGCUUGUCUACUACUGGUGCUGGCGUGACCAAUACCCAUGUCAACGCCUCAACAGCCUCACGAAGUGUUUCGCAGUCGCCCACGAUGCAAGACUGGAGAAUGUAUCUUACAAUCGAAGAGCGUCAAGCCGUGCGCUCGAAAAUUCGUGAUGCAUACACGAGCCGCUGCUCCAGCUACGAAGAUCUUUUGCAAGUGGCUUGUGCCAUUGAGGAAGAACUGCUGCAUAUUUCAGCGCCGUCGCGUUUGGAUUACUUCAAAAGCGGCUUUGAAUUUGAGAAUCGCGUUAAAUUGAAGAAAGAUCAAUUGCAGGGCCAAUUGGCAGCGUUAGAUGCCAAGCGGCGGUCCUCCGGCGGUGGCCAACAGCAACAGCAGCAAGAAACUUCUUGCAGUGGAAACAGCAGCAACAAAACAGGCGGUUCGUUGAAAAAACAGAGAAAUUGA